CGCCGCAAGUACUUAGGGAGGAGGGGUGUAGCGGAGCACCGGCACAGCACAGCACUUAGAGCCGAGGUCAAGCCGCAGCCUCACUCACUCACUCACUCACUCACUCACUCCUUCAACCCGUCUUCCAAGUCGGUCGCAACGCACUUUUCUGAACCAGUCUCCCCUCCCGGUGGCUCGGCCUGGGUUUAGUUCGCACUUCCAGCGGCAGAGUCUCCAAAAUUACUGGUACUCCCCGUCCAAGAAGGAACCCCCCCCACCCACCACCACAAACACUCCCCCAGUUCCCUCCCCGCCCCCGGUGAAAGAUGUGUAACGGGCGCGCGGUUGCUCCCCCUCCGCCCCUGCCCUCCUCCUGGGGUAAACUGCUGCAGAGAAUCGCCGACCUGACCGGGAGUUCGGUGCCUCAUCCCAACCUCCCUCCAGCCCGGCCGGAGCACAAGGGAUCGGUGUGUGAUACCGGUGCCGACAACGCGAGUGACACCGACAGCGACUAUGAGAGCCUGGACUCGUGCAGUGACCAGGACUCGAUCGUGGACGACCCGUUCGAGGAGCCGCUGUGCGCCGACGUGCUGCAGCUGAUCGAGCAGAGCCUGAUGGAGGCGAAGCGCGGCGCCCUGCGCUGCUUCAAGCUGCUCAUCCCCGACCAGCUCACGGCCCGGGUGGCCGAGGACCUGCUCCGGUUGGCGUCCAGCGAGCCGUGCGGCCUGCGGGGGGCCGUCAUCGACCUGAACGUGGAGGACGACAAGCUGUUCAGGAACGUGGACCGGUUCGCCGUGGACGGCAGCCUGUCGCCCACCUUCGAGCUGACCCUGGUGCUGAGGCUCGAGGCUGGGCUCUGGCCCAAGAUCCAGGACCUCUUCACCUCGGGCCCGUCCUUCACUCCGGGCUUCAGGCGAGCACUGCGCCUGAGCCCGGGAUUCAGGAUCAUUAAGAGGAAACUGUACAGCCCCACAGAGCUGGUCAUCGAGCAGUGCUGAGUGAGCCCCGAGCAGCAGCCGCCGCACUCCCCCAACCGACGUGUUGGAACAGACAGACAGACAGACAGACAGACACAGACAGCGAUGAUAAGCUAUAGAACAAACUUUUUUUGAAAAAAAAUUACCCCAAUCCCCGGGCUGACGGACUGAUCCCGUGAUGGGGUCUACAUUUUGCACAUUUCCAGUCCCGUUUUUUUUUAAAAAAAAACUCCCGAAUAGGCCACGGGACGAGGAUCGACUUCUAGAGAAGCAAUAACUAAUUGCAAAGAGUUCCUUUGUACAGAGAUCUUUUCUUUUAACGUAUAAGCUUCUGCCUGAAGCUUUCAAGCUCUCUUGAGGGGGUUGUACUAUGACAGUGGUGCUAAUUCUGAUUCAUGUAGCAUAGAUAUUCCUAGAUGGGGACCUUGUAGGUCUGCAGGGCAGACUACUUUUAAGGGGAAAUUGUUCUGAACCUUUUAAGUCUGCAUGUUUUUUUUUAUAUAUACAUAUACAUGCCUACUUUUAAGUUCUACUCUGAUUUUUACUGAAUAAAAAAAAACCCAAACGUU